AUGGCCACUGGACGCGACGGCCUCCGAGCGGACCGCCAGACGGCCAGCGAGACGAAGCCGAGGUCAGGGGCGACUGUCGAGCCACGGUUGGCCACUUACGGGCCUCUGACCAGGGCACCAAAUGCGUCCCUAAAAGCUCUUAGGGGGGAAAGUGCCGUCGAGAUCGCCACCACCUCCACCGCCGCCACCACUGCCGCCGCUGCCACCGCCGCCGCCGCCACCACUGCCGCCGCUGCCACCGCCGCCGCCGCCGCCGCCACCACUGCCGCCGCUGCCACCGCCGCCGCCGCCACCACUGCCGCCGCUGCCACCGCCGCCGCCGCUUCUGCUGCCGUUUCCAGACUUGCCUGA